UAAGUCUUGCCGAAAUGUAAAGAUACAUGUCAUCAUAAAAAUGAGCUAUAGUAACUUGGAAAUAUAUAGCAGCUGUGAUUAAUUAAUAAUUUUAACGGUACAAAACGUGAAUAAUCAGGCAUAAUUAUUACAGUCUGACCAAAGGUCGACAUAGGACGGCCUUCAGGAAGGUAGCGGAAAUAAGUGUGGAGGGCAGUCAGGGCACUAACAAUCUUUAUCCAUGUUGUAUUUUAAAAUAAAACUGGCUACACCCAAGGGCAUACUCGUUUGAAGUUGAUCGGAUCAAAUUAAGUAACACAGCAAAUCUACGUGACAUGGGCGGACCUGACAUUAUAGAAAACGGCAUUAAUACUCUACUGACACCUAGUGGACGAACAUAACAUUGCAGUUAGACAAGGGGGUAAACGACCAGAAGUUCAAACGCUGGAGUUUAUAUGCAAAUUCUACGAGUCGUUAAUUUAAUACUGAAAGGGCCAACAGCAACGGAGUGGUUUAUCUGUUAAACAGUAAAAUCAGUUUGCAAACACGGAAUUUGUUGUGCACCUUUACAUUUCCAGGAAUAGUUGCAGCUUUCUGCGGAUAUAUUUGCAUAUUUUGCAGCCUUCGUACGUGAAACCAAAUUAGCCUUUCUCUUUACUUAUCCCAGUAUAAAAAGGAAGUUCAAACCAGAACAUAGUCGUGAAACGUCACACUCUAUAUAUAGAAGUACCUAUAUAUACGCAAACAAAAGUGAAAUUGUGGUGGAGUGUCAACGUACAUCCAGAGAUGGAUUGACACACCGCAGAAAGAGAUGCACUUCCAAAGCCCAGUCCGUGUCUGGGCAACCUGGUCAUAGACCAUCUUGGAAUCAGUUUUUCGCUCCUUCCUCUCGGCGAUGAACUGUCCGCCCAGAGCGCCGUGAAUCCCGACGAGCCGCGGCCAUUCCAACGCUCCAGUACGCGGACAGGGCAGUGUGAUCCACAAGACCAGCGGCGAUGACCGCCAGACACAGCAAGAGGGCCAACUUGGUGGCCUCCAAGCUUCAGUGGAGCAGGAUAUGUGACCAUUUAGAGCCGAGUAGCAGAACUGGAGAAUCCCAGCAGGACAGCAUUCGCCAGUGGCUGAUCUCAGGAUACCAGGGUGACAACCAGAUCAACUUGUCCGUGGACCCUACAGAAUCCCUCAGGAGACACGGCAGCACUGAAGAUGACCUGGUUCUGGGUGUGGAAGCCUCGUUGUACCGUAAACAGACACCCCACAGGACUGCUGAGCAGCGUCACGAGCCUUUACACUUGAGUCCCUCCCUCCUCCGGGGAAACAGCAUCACAUCUACAGUCUCUGCCCUCUCUGGAUGUCGCAGCGUCAUGGACGUGCUGAAGCUCUGGCAUGACGAUCCCGAGGAGUUUCUCCUGGACCUGGGCUUCGGCUCUGACGAGCCCGACAUCACCGUCAAGAUCCCAGCCCGAUUCAUUAACCACCCAUCCCAGGCCCGGGGGAUUAACAUCCAGGUGUUCCUGGAGGCCCAGAAGAACCGAAUCGAUAUUGAGAACCCUGACCUCAGCAACCGCUUCAGGCAGCUGGAGGUGUUGCACCAAGUGGCCACGGCCUUCUCUUCUCUGGUCGGCAGCCCUCCUGGCAACCAGCCUCCAGCCCAGCAACCGGUCGCCGGGCAAAGACAUGUCAACCAACCCGAGGCCAGCGAAAGGAGAAAGAGGCUCGCCAUGCUGCUCCGCCGGGCUUCCCGGAAGAACUUAACCCAGUCCACCACAGACCACAUUCCACACCAGGAUUCCAGUCUGGAACCUCGCCUUGAGUCCUGCCCCGAGCCCCGGCCAGCCCUCAAACGCUCACGACAGCUCCUUCUACCCUCCGAGGGCAGUGCACUUUCCCCCCUGGCUGAGGAGCAGGGGACUUCGUCAGACCCUUCUCAGCCCAAGCUGAGCCCCACUCCGUCGAUCCAGGAGGCCCCCCUGAGGAUCAGGUUGGGCAGAGAUGCCGUCUCUACACCCUCCACUGUCCUAACCAGGAAGAGGAGUCCCGAGGAUGGCCGGGAACCUGAGUCCUUUGAGCUGGAAGAGAUACAGAGCUUUGACGACACCAGUGUAGCAGGGAACGUCACAGGCCAUUCAAACGGCACAGAACUGGGCGUAGUGAGGACAAACAGCUGCCAAUCUGACAGCAGCGGAUUCCUGGAGGAGCCCGUCAUACCUCCCCGAUCCCAGCAGGGGGCGGCAGCACCCGAUCUUAUGAAGACCCUGCGGGCAAAUGCAGGGGAUGACACGAAGAUCCAAGGCAUGCAGGAAGGCUGCCAGGACGCCUCGUAUCGAGUUCCCCCAGUGAGGGCUAACUUGGAAGGUGACCAUUCCACUGAGGGCUUGGAGACAUCUCCAGGUCCUAGGGCAUCCUGGGUUGAUGGCACUGCCAAGAUAGAACUGAGCCGAGAGGAGGAGGAGCAUGAGAAGAAGGCUCCCACCUUGAUGGUCAAUUACACCAUCACAUCGUCUUACAAUGAGGGGAAUAUGGGCUGUGUCUUGGAAGAAGGGGGUAUGGUCAUCUCUAGUGAGGACAGCUGCAGGGGGGAGGAGUCGAACACUGGAGAAAGCAUGGCCACUCUACUAAUGGAUAGUGCUGACAGUGAUGAGUUAACAUAUGUGUCCUCUGUGGAAGACAUACCCAACUUGGAUCAGGAGGUGGAGCCUCUAGGGCUCCAGAGCUUUAUUGAGUACACGGGGAGCAAGGAGCCAAGCUCUGGGGAAGUUCGAGGACUGCUAGAAGCUCCCCCAGCCAGCAGCCUGCCCAGACUAUGGCAUGAGCAAAGCAACCCCACUCUCGUGGAGGAUGCAGGGUGUGGAGGGGGCAGGCCAUUCUGCUGGGUCUCGGUGCAGAUGCCCUCCAGUCUAAGCUCCGUGUCCCAGACCAUCAAUGGCAGGGCAACGCCCCCCACCCCGACACCCGACUCGGUGCUUGGGAGGACAUGGAGUGACCAUGAGCUUGCCCCGGACUUUUCCCUGGACUCCCCAUCGGAGCACGCCCUGGAUCUCCCGUCCGACUUCCCUUCUCCACGGCCACAGCAUGGCACCCAGAGAAGCGAAGGGGGCUUCUGCACCCGGUCAACAUCCCUGGACACAGGGCUGGCGUAUGAAGAAGAUGACGAGGAGGAAGAGAUGUCAUCUGGGCACUGGAAGGUGGAAUCAGGAGCCUGCUGCUGCCGCUGCCACCACCGCUGCAGCUGCUGCCCCCCACAGGCACUACACCGUCACUGCAGCCAUCAACACCCGGACAACUCAACCCUGAAGAUGCAGCGAACCUCCAGCAUGUCCUCCACAUUUCCUGUAAGUGAAGACACACACACCCACACACAGUACUCCAUGCACGAGCUGGACGAGAUGAUGCGAAGCUCACGCACCUUCCGCCUUGUGUUGGCGGACAUCGAGCGGCGGCUGGGCGAGGAGCAGGCCUCAUUGCGCGGCGACCUCAUGGAGGAGGACAGGGAAGACAUCAAGGUCAUCCAAGAGCUGAGGUCAGCCGUCAGGAAGGAGGCGGUGGAGCUUGAGGUUCAGUUGGCUGACCUGGCCCACCACUACGACCAGGGCUUCAGAACGAAGAUGCACAGGCUCCUGGAUGAGCAGUCGUACCUAUGUGCCCAGCUGAGGCUCCGCCCCCCUGAAGUUCUCCUCUGGAACCCCGCCACCAUGCCUAGCCCGACCCCCAGUACGAGCCCCAACCCCAGACUGAACUCUGCUCCCAGCAUCAGGACCAGGACGGUGGCCACGCAGUGCUCUCUGCUUCCCUGGCCUCCUCUAGGGGGUGCGUCCACCCAGGAAGGCAUCCAGGUCCCGCAGAACACCAUCGACACUCCCCAGUCCGGAUCGGACCAGAUCUUAGGAGGGAAGCAGAACAAACUGGAUUUUGUCACGUUUCUCCAAAGUCUAAAAGAACCACUCAGACGCUCAGUCACUAGGGACACUCUGAAAUGAAUGGUGGGGGGUAGGUUGUAUAUGAACGAAACCACUCCAGAAGGAGCCACUCCAAGCCCCUGGCUACGUUUGGAUUGCCCAGAGGUCGCUGCCCUGAAGGUUUCUCGGGGGGCGGGGAGUUGGGGUGUGUGUGUGUGUGUGUGUGUGUGUGUGUGUGUGUGUGUGUGUGUGUGUGUGUGUGUGUGUGUGUGUGUGCUCCAGUUUGUCACACGUGUGUCCCAGAGUUCAGCAGAGGAGAGUGAUAGCUUCUCACUUUCUGUUUGUUUUUUAUGAUUGUUGCUCAGAAGAUCCUUUUAUCCAAGGCAACAGAUCCAUCCAUCCAUCCAUCCAUUCACCAUCCAUCCAUCCUUAUCCAGUAUAGGAUCGCGGGCACACAGAACUAGCUACUUAGUUUGCUUAUACUUUAUAUAAACGUUGGCUGAAGCUGUUCAGCUUAAGAACAGUGUUCAACUGUGCAUCUACACAAUGGCUAUAUUUAAAUCUAAAUAUCUAAAUAAUAAUUUUUAUAUUUUAAAGUCCAGAACUCAUAUGAGAUGACUUUCUGUUGCACACUGAUACCCCCAAUGCAGUUAAGUAUUCGUGUGUUGGUGCAUUUUCAUGAAGGUUCAGAAUGCACCGUGCUCUUGGAAAUUCUAAGAACUCUUGCUCCUAAUCCACAGCCCCACCUGCUGCUGGUGAUGGGGAACUACAUGUGUGACACUGAGAUGAGAUACUUGGUGUGUUUUGUAUGUUUGUGAACUGAAAGGAUUGAUUGAAGCAUUGCAGUUUAACACUCACGGAGUUGUGCUGUGUAGCCUGUGGGCACUGGCUGAAAUAAAGAGACCUUGAGAAUGAAA